AUGCCUGAAGGUACCAACAAGAAACCUUUGCGCAUUUCCAUUGAUCGCGGAGGAACCUUCACCGAUUGUAUUUGCAAAGUGAUCAAUGGGGAAGAUAUUCUUGUGAAGAUCUUGUCCGUCGACCCAAAGAACUAUGCCGACGCACCGACCGAGGCGAUUCGACGUGUUUUGGAGAUAUACUAUGAAACUACACUUCCACGAGGCUCUGAACUAGACCUUAAGGACGUUGAAUGGAUCCGCAUGGGUACAACGGUUGCAACCAAUGCGCUACUCGAGCGCAAAGGCGAGCGAACAGCCCUGCUCGUCACCGAAGGCUUCAAAGAUAUCCUGUAUAUUGGCAACCAAAGCCGACCGUACAUGUUCGAUCUCUCAAUCCGUCGGUCAAAACCUCUAUACUCAGACGUCUUUGAAGUGAAAGAGCGCGUGACAGUUGGGGGCUGCAGCGAUUCAAAUCUCCGCACUGUGAAGCUGUCAUCUCCAGACCCAGUCGAGUCGAUCGCUGCUACUAGUACUUCUGGCGAGGUUGUCCAAGUGCUUCAGCCUAUCGACUUGGCAAGUACUCGGGAUUAUCUGCAAAAAAUUUACGAUAAAGGCUUCCGCUCGUUGGCGGUUUGCCUUAUGCAUUCUUAUAUCUUUCCAACUCAUGAAAUUGGCAUCAGAGAUUGGAUUCAAAUACAUCUCGCUUUCACAUCAAACCUCUCCCCGACCAAAACUUGUUCCCGUGGAAAUUCCACGGUGGUCGACGCAUACUUGACUCCGAACAUCGAACAAUACUUGGAGCAAUUUUCAAAGAACUUCCCCAAUAUCGACCAGUCCGGGACGCGAUUGGAGUUCAUGCAGUCAGAUGGUGGAUUGGUUCCCUCCUCAAAACUCUCAGGGCUGCACUCUAUUCUCUCUGGGCCGGCAGGAGGUGUUAUCGGAUUCUCACAAACAUGCUUCGACACAGAAGAGCAGACCCCUGUUAUUGGAUUUGACAUGGGAGGUACUAGCACCGAUGUCAGUCGAUACAACGGCGAACUCGAUCAUAUCUUUGAAACAACGACUGCUGGGAUCGCAAUUCAAGCCCCACAACUCAAUGUUAAUACCAUCGCAGCGGGUGGAGGAAGCAUACUGGCUUGGAGAGAUAGACUCAUGGCUGUCGGCCCCGAAAGUGCAACAUCCAAUCCUGGACCGGCCUGUUACCGUAAAGGGGGCCCCCUAACUGUGACUGAUGCCAAUUUAGCACUGGGACGGUUACUUCCAGAGGAAUUUCCCUCGGUCUUUGGUGUUAAUGAAGACGAACCAUUAGAUAGAGAGGUUGUUCUUGCCAAGUUCAAGGAUCUCACUCAAACUAUCAAUGCCGAGACAGGUAAAUCAUUGACGUGGGCUGAGGUUGCAGAUGGUUUCCUUCAGGUGGCCAACUCAGCAAUGUGUGGGCCCAUUCGAAGUUUAACCGAGGCCAAAGGUCACGAUGUUGCAAAGCAUCACCUCGCGUCAUUUGGUGGCGCAGGGGGUCAGCAUGCCUGCGCUAUCGCCGAAGCCCUGGGCAUUAAAAGAGUUUUGAUUCACAAAUACUCCUCUAUCCUCUCUGCCUAUGGAAUCGGAUUGGCGGAUCUCGUGCAUGAGGAAGAGCGGGUAUGCGGAAAAGUCUUUGACCAUACUACGUCUCAAACGAUAUACGGCGAUAUGGAACUUCUCGCAGACGUCGUCCGAGGCAAUAAGUCCAUGCAGCCAUUCAAUAAUGUUCAGAUACGCCGUUUCCUGAAUAUGAGAUAUGAUGGCAGCGAGACUGCAAUCAUGAUUUCCCUGGGUAGUACCUCCGAGGACCCUCGGGAAGACUUUAUUAAAGCCCAUCAUCAGCAGUUUGGAUUCACUCCUACCAACCGUGCAGUAUAUGUUGACACUAUUCGCGCUCGAGCGAUUGGGUCUAGCGUAUUCUCCGAGCCAUCCGGCACACCUUUGAAUCUCCAUCCCAAAUUAGUUACUGGUUCAGUGGCCCCAAUUCCCAAAUCAUGGAGAUCCACUUACUUCAAUCCAAUGGGAUGGGUAGAUACACCAGUAUACCAUUUUGACGACUUGACAGAUGGGUUUCAGAUCUCAGGACCGGCCAUCGUUAUUGACAAAACCCAGACAAUCUUGGUGAGCCCGCACUCAAAGGCGACAUUAACACAAGAUGUACUUGUCCUGGACGUGAGCUCCUCGGGCCCUCAAGUGACAAGCGCAGAUGCCAUCGACCCAGUUCAGCUUUCCAUUUUCCGCCAUCGGUUUAUGGGCGUUGCAGAGCAAAUGGGACGCGUUUUACAAAAUGUCAGUAUCAGCGCCAAUAUCAAAGAGCGGUUAGAUUUCACGUGUGCGAUUUUCACCCCCGAAGGAGACCUGGUCGCCAACGCACCCCAUGUACCCGCCAUGAUUGGAAGUAUGGCCUUCGCCAUCAGAUCUCAGAUUGCCGAGUGGCAGGGCAAGCUGCAGGAUGGCGAUGUUCUGCUCUCCAACACACCUGGUAGGUCUUUACCUCGAAUCAAUUUGAGCGUGGUUCAGCAGCUAAUCUGUCACGAUAAAGCAUUUGGAGGUGUCCACCUUCCCGACCUCACGGUCAUUACACCUGUCUUUGAUUCGGAUGGGAAGGAUAUAAUAUUCUGGGCUGCAUCCCGCGGUCACCAUGCCGACGUCGGGGGCAUACUUCCUGGCUCAAUGCCACCCUUGUCAAAACUUCUAUCUGAAGAGGGUGCAGUCUUUGAUUCUUACUUUCUGGUGCGCGCUGGUCAUUUCGACGAGGAAGAGCUCCACCGCAGGCUAUGCGUAGAGCCUACCCGUUUUCCAGGAUCCAGCGGAUCCCGAUGCUUCCAGGAUAAUGUCACGGAUCUGAAAGCGCAAGUUGCUGCAAACCACUGUGGCAUCCGACUUGUGCGGCAGCUAAUCGAGGAAUAUUCUAUGGCUGUGGUUCAGAUGUACAUGCGCGCAAUCCAAGACUCGGCCGAGCUCGCCGUGCGAAACCUUCUGAAGCGUAUUGCUCAAGAUCACAAUGGAGAAGAGAUAUCCGCGGUCGACUACAUGGAUGACGGCACCCCGAUCAUGCUCAAAGUAACCAUUGACUCAUUGGAUGGUUCCGCCAUCUUUGACUUCACAGGAACCGGUCCGGAGGUUUAUGGAAAUUGGAAUGCGCCAAUUGCGAUUUGCAAUUCGGCGGUCAUCUUCGCCUUACGCUGUAUGGGUUGUAUCAAACCUGUCCAACUUAUUAUCCCCGACCGGUCACUGUUACGGCCGAGCUUUGAAGCCGCAGUGUGCGCCGGUAAUGUAUUGACCUCACAACGGAUUGUCGACGUUAUUUUCAAGAGCUUCAAGAUUUGUGCUGCCAGUCAAGGAUGUAUGAAUAAUUUCACCUUUGGAAACGACGGAGAAAAUGGAUUCGGAUACUAUGAAACCAUUGCUGGCGGAAGUGGCGGAGGCCCCAGCUGGGCUGGUACAAGCGGCGUACAUACUAAUAUGACCAAUACUCGCAUCACCGACCCCGAAUCACUCGAACGCCGCUAUCCGGUCAUCUUGCGUCGCUUCUGUCUUCGCGAUGGAAGUGGCGGUGCCGGAAUGCAUCCUGGAGGAGAGGGUGUCAUCAGAGAUGUUGAGCUGCGGCUGCCGAUGUCUCGCCGCAGCUUCGCACCUUACGGUAUGGCAGGCGGCGCAGAGGGAAAGCGUGGGAAGAACACAUGGAUCACCAAAGCUGGGCGGCAUAUCUCCGUUGGGGGCAAGAAUUCUAUCCGUGUUCAACCUGGGGACAGGUUCGUCAUUGAGACUCCCGGUGGUGGUGGAUAUGGAGUCCCUGGGGAGACGAAUAAUCCCAGCGUGGAUCAGUCAACAGUCAUGCCGUCGUUUGUUCCUAUCGCCAAUGGCAGUGUGGCCGCCAAUCGGAGCUUGGCAGAGGAGGUAUAG